AUGUUCGGCGAAGGCCACGUUGACAUCCCAACCACCACGUCCAUGACCGUCCCUGCAACAUUGGACCAUCCGAAACCAUAUGCGCCCUCCGUUUCAUCUACCGCUGGCUACGAGUCAUCUGUUGGUUCUCCUGCAUCUGGCAGGUACGACGUGAUGCAUGAGCUACGGGAUGCGACAUCUUCACCUUCUCCUCUUGGCGAGUUCCUUCGCGAUCCGGUCGUGCUCACGACUCUCAUGGGGACCAGAAAGAAACCUCGACGUAGCGCCUCAUCGCAGCGAGAGCACAGCCGCGAUCGAGAGUCGAGCGGUAGAGAAAGUACUGGCAAAGAGUCACGCAAGAAGUCGAAAGAUUCGGACACCUCCAGCAUUCUGACGUUAGUACUGGCUGAAGAGGAGCGCCAGGCACAUCAUCUCAAAGCUAUCCUCCGGAGCACAGGGGAUCGCCUUGAAUUUGAGAUGCGUCGGGCGGACCAGGCCGAGUCGCGAGCGCGCAUCGCAGAGAGCCAUGCACGGGAAGUCGCCCUGCGCGUCGCUGCAGCCGAGACUGCUCGACACCAAGCUGAGCUCGAUGCGGCCCGUGCUCGCGAAGAGAUCAAACGCUAUCAGAUGCAGUACGAAUCGGCUGAGCGAGAGCUGCGCCGAGUUGAAACAGAGCUCCAGAAGACUGAUAGGACGAGGAAAGAUGCUGAACAAAGUGCUGCCGAUGCGAGAGACGUUGCGCGGAGAGCGCAACAGGCAUUGCGCGAGCACCAAGUCAGGGAAGAGGGAAGGGAAGAAGGGCGUCGGCUAGAGGUACGGAGGAGGUACAAUGAUGGGCGAGAGGACGGCUUCGAGGACGGACGAGCAGAAGGCUUCGAAGCGGGUCAUUCUGAAGGGUUCGACGAAGGUCGGGCGGAAGGCUAUGCAGCCGGUCGAUCCGAUGGACAUAGUGCUGGCCGUCGAAUUGGCUUUGAUGAGGGCCGUAAGGUCGGGUUGGAAGAUGGGUACGCGGAAGGUUUCGAGGAAGGCCGGAAGGAAGAGCGCAAGCGCGCUCUCGAUGCCUUCGACAAGUUCAUGGAUUCAGAAGCUGGCCGUCAGAGUUUCAUAUCUGUCACAACGGAUACGACGCGCACUCAGCGGUGGGUGGAAGCGACCAGUCGAGUGCAGGAGCGCGAGCCAGAGCCCCUCCCAGUGCGAGUCCCUGGCUCGUCAUCAGAGCCAACGUUGGCACCUCCACCACCAGAACCGCAGCCAGAACGAGAACCGUCGCCGCAACCAGUGAGGGUGCCCUCACCUACACCCAUACCCGUCUGGCUGCAUCGCCGACUAAAUACGACCCAGGACGGCCCCGGCGAUCCAUCUUCCUCCCGGACACUACCUCGCUUGUACGCAUGA